AACUGCAAAACAGUGUCUGACCCAAGCAAGAAAUCUUUAUAUUUGGGGAAAAAAAGAAAAAAAAUCAUCCAAUCAACGUUUGAACCAGACAUCCGGCUUUUCGACUUUUCCUAAAAAAAAAAAGUGAAAUAACGAGAAUAUUACGAUUAGGCCACCGAAUAAAACUGGGAUCGCCUCCUCUCUCUAUUUCUGUCUCUCCAACAAUCGAAUUAUAGAAAGGGAAAAAAAAUUAGAAAAAGACGUUCCGAAACGAAAUAAAUCAUUGCGAGAGUAAAAAGAAAAAGGCUUAAAAGCUUGAAAUCUUCAACAAUGGCGGUUCCUAGGGUUUUGUGAUCGGCGAUUUAUUAUCAAUGGAAAUGCCCGGUAGAAGAUCCAACUACUCUCUUCUUGGCCAGUAUCCUGACGACCCGUAUUCCGUGUCCAUAUCAGGAGCUCCGCCGCCGUACAGCGAUUCGUUUUCGAGCGAAACCACGAGUAAUAAGAACAGCAAAGUGAAAUCAGAGAGAGUUUUAAUCGAUUGGGAUCAAAAUCAGAGUCAGAACCAAAGCCAGAACCAGCAACAAGCGAGCCGAAUCGUCGGCGGCGGUGGGGUAGGAGGAGGAGGGAAUACUUAUGCUUCGUCGAUCGGCCUUCAACGGCAAUCGAGUGGCAGUAGCUUCGGUGAGAGCUCGUUAUCGGGAGAUUGUUAUGUGCCGACCCUUUCUACGACGGCGGCGAACGAGAUUGAUUCGUUCGUGUACGGUCACGAUGAGAGCUUUAGGCAUGGGGAUUUCAGAGCGAAAGUUGAGGGUUCGUCGUUGGGGAAAAGCUGGGCGCAGCAAACGGAGGAGAGUUAUCAGUUGCAGUUGGCGUUGGCUUUGAGGCUUUCUUCGGAAGCUACCUGUGCUAAUGAUCCAAAUUUUUUGGAUCCUGUUCUGGAUGAUUCCGCAAUCAGGACGGCUAGCUCAAGCUCUGCCGAUACAGUUUCCUACCGGUUCUGGGUGAAUGGCUGCUUAUCAUACUCUGACAAAGUUCCUGAUGGGUUUUAUUUAAUUCAUGGAGUAAAUCCCUAUGUCUGGAGUAUGUGCACUGAUCUGCAAGAACAUGGUCGAAUUCCAUCAAUUGAAUCUCUAAGAUCUGUUGACCCUCCUUCUGAUUCACCACUAGAAGUGAUAUUGGUUGACAGAAGAAGUGAUCCGGGUUUAAAGGAACUCCAAAAUAGAGUUCACAACAUUUCUUGUAGCUGCAUAACCACAAAAGAAGUUGUUGAUCAGCUAGCAAAGCUUGUCUGCAGUCGCAUGGGGGGUACAUCUACUACAGGAGAGGAUGAGUUUGUUUCCUAUUGUAGGGAGUCCAGUGAUGAUUUAAAAGAUUGCUUAGGUUCAGUUGUGGUUCCUAUAGGUAGCCUAUCCAUUGGCCUCUGCAGACAUCGAGCUUUACUAUUCAAAGUGCUAGCUGACACAAUUGAUCUACCAUGUCGAAUUGCAAAGGGCUGCAAAUAUUGUAAACGAGAUGAUGCUUCCUCCUGCCUUGUUUGCUUUGGGCUUGACAGGGAGUAUCUUGUUGAUUUAAUUGGGAACCCAGGUUACAUAUGCGAGCCCGAUUCCUUGCUCAAUGGUCCAUCUUCCAUCUCAAUUUCUUCCCCAUUGCAUUUUCCACGUCUCAAACCAGCUGUACCUGCCGUUGAUUUCAGGUCAUUGGCCCAACAGUAUUUUUCGGACUGUGAAUCACUUAAUCUUGUAUUUGAUGAUGCUUCAGCUGGUGCUACUAUGGAUGAAGAAAAUCCUGGAUUCUCUCUUUAUCCCAAGAAAAUUGAUAAGAUUGGCACAGGCAGAAAUAACCUUGUGCAGAUCUCAAGUAUCAUGGAUGAUAUCUCACAGUUGCCACUACCUCCUAAAAUUGCCCGGCCAACUGCUCAUGAUAGAGAUUCCCAAUAUUCUCAAUCCAUAAUACAAUCAAAGAAUCCUUUAAAGCGCAUCUCUCCAAUAGGUCAUCGAGAUUUGUUGAGGGCAACGGGGGAUGCUACUAAGGAUUUAAGGUUUGUUGAGGGCAGUCAACUUAUUCCCAGCAAACCAAGUAGGGAACUUGCCCUUGAAGUUGAUGAUUUUGACAUUCCAUGGAGUGAUCUUGUUUUAAAAGAGAAAAUUGGUGCUGGUUCUUUUGGCACUGUCCAUCGUGCUGAAUGGAAUGGCUCGGAUGUUGCUGUGAAAAUUCUCAUGGAACAAGACUUGCAUGCUGAACACAUCAAAGAAUUUUUGAGUGAGGUUGCUAUAAUGAAACGUCUACGGCAUCCAAAUAUUGUUCUUUUUAUGGGAGCAGUUACUCAGCCCCCAAACUUGUCCAUAGUGACAGAAUACUUAUCAAGAGGUAGCUUGUAUAGGCUUUUGCGUAAGACCGGUGUGAGAGAGGCGUUGGAUGAGAAGCGCCGAUUGAGUAUGGCCUAUGAUGUGGCAAAGGGAAUGAAUUAUCUUCAUAGACGCAAUCCUCCUAUUGUUCAUAGAGAUCUAAAAUCUCCAAAUCUUUUAGUUGAUAAAAAAUAUACAGUGAAGGUUGGUGAUUUUGGGCUUUCUCGUUUGAAGGCAAACACAUUUCUUUCAUCCAAGUCAGCAGCUGGAACUCCUGAGUGGAUGGCUCCAGAAGUUCUUCGUGAUGAGCCAUCAAACGAGAAGUCUGAUGUAUACAGUUUUGGUGUAAUUUUGUGGGAGAUUGCAACAUUGCAGCAACCAUGGGGCAACUUAAAUCCAGCACAGGUUGUAGCAGCUGUUGGUUUCAAGGGCAAAAGGCUUGAUAUUCCACAUGAUUUGAAUCCUCAAGUGGCUGCCAUGAUUAAGGAUUGCUGGGCCGAUGAGCCAUGGAAGCGUCCUUCAUUUUAUGAUAUCAUGGAACGGCUGAAAUCAUUGAUUAAACCGUCCACCCCUCAACCAGGGCGUGCUGACGUGCCAUUGCUUACCUGAAUGGUUGGGACUCCUGCAAAGUUUUCUUGAUGCACAUAAUACAGCAUUCUUUUUGACAUUAUAUGCGUUGCAAGGAUACAUGCUGUUAAAUAAUCUGGUACGCUCUUUUCAACACUUCCGCUUCAAAUUAAAGAACAUGCUAUGCUGUUCUCUUUAGGUGUCCUGUUGAUACUGGGAUCAUGGUGGGCUUCUCCUUGAGAAAAGAAGAGGAAAGCUUCGAAAUUAAUUAUUGUUGUACAUGUCUGUUCUCAUAGCCAAUUGGGACCUCUCUUUUUUAACGUGAACUAAGUGGUUGCUCUGUAUUAACCCCGCCUGUUGGCAAAGGUAAUUGUUUCUACAAGUAAAUUUUUACAUGCAAUUACGGGAAAAGUUGCAUCAUAUCGUCUCUCAUAGAUUUUGUAUGUAAAUAUUGUAACUGAAAUUAGCUCAAUGAGAAGCAGCUUUUCGCUAUUCAGACUUGAGAUCUGUCUCACUUGUAACUACAUAGGCUUUAAAAUGCCUCUAUUCAACUUUUUGAAUUUGAUUAAUAUCACUAAUAUUAUGCAGUGAACUUGUUAAGAAAAAGUUACCUUCUCUUCCAAAAAAUAAAUUUAAUAUUAGACUUGAAAACUUUGUCAUCGAAUUGUGUUUCAUGUUAGACAUAAUUUUAAACAUGGCAUGAACAAGUUUGAUACGAGCACAACAUGAAACUUAAAUGAUACGAAUAAUCAAAACAAGAAAUACGAUACAUUUAUUACAUGUGUUAUGUGCGACAUAAUGUCACUAACAUGUUAUUCAUUUUAAGAAUAAGUAAUAUUAUACGA